AUGCCGAAAGGCUUUCCGUCCGUUCUACAGAGGGCGCGCAAGCUCUCGCGUCGGGAGCUGUUGCAACAGCUCAAGCAGAGGGGCACUCCAGAGGGCAAAGUCGUCGAAUCUGUCAAAUCUCUGCGGAACCAGGCUGCUUUGUCAGAUGUCAAAGACUACACCCUGGCGAUCUCUGCUCUGGGGCGCGUGGGGCGCUGGGCUGAGGCUGGCCUCCAGAGGUUAACUUUCAGCUAUACCCUGUUGGAGCAUCCAUGGAAGCGCAUUUCCCAUGCUCCUGCGGGCGGAGAGUCGCAGCUUCGUGCAGUGCCUGAGUCCUCGCGGCAAUUCGGCGAAAUCAUGGUUGCCAUCUGCUACAACGUGUGGGAGCUGCCGAAGGCACUGUGCUUCGAAGUGGAUUCGCGGCACGUCAUCGGUGUGCCUGCAGACAGCUUCUUGCCACACCAAGUCGCAGAAGAGCUGCUCUGCUCUAUGCAGCUGGCAGAGAAGGCGAGCUUUCUCAUCGACUUGGAGGCAUUUGGAGCAGCGCUGAAGCAAAGUUGGCUUCAGUUUGCUGCCUUCGAGCGAGUGGAUGUGGAGCGAAUCCAGUGCAACGUAGAGCUCCAGCACGUGCGACGCGGGCCGGAGGCCAUCGACCUCGUGCAGCACGUGCUCCAAGUCGGAAAUCGCUCUGAAAUGACGCUGCGAUGGCCGCUGUGGCAGGAGGCCCCUGAGGCGGCUCCGAUUCAAGGCUCGCGCUGCGUGGUCACUUUGGAACUCGAGGCGUUUGACCUUAUGAGCCGGCCGACGUCAAAAAGGGUGUUGCAUUGCCGGCAAGGCAGCGGCGAGCUGCCUGAUUGUGUGGAGCUUGCUCUGGCCGUGCUCGGCCCCAAGCAGCGCGCGGAGCUCCGGUGUGCGAAGGCCCCGGGCCUCGCGGGCUGGCCGGACGCGUCGGCGCCGGCGCUCUUCCGAGUCGCCGUCCUGAAUCGCACCUGCGAGUCAGCAGAAUGUCACGACCUGGAACAGCAACUCCGAGAAGACAAGGAUCACGCGGGUGCUUUGUUGAAAGGGAACCGGCCCCUGCUAGCUCUUCUGAAGCUGGCUGCCCUCUCUGCUCGGGGCUCUAGUGCUUCUCCACUGCCAACAGAGCUCCAGCGCGAGUGCUUGCAACUUCGCUGUGUGGCGGAGCUACGGUUAGGCUUUGCGUCAGCAGAGGCAUCGGCCGCAGCCCUCUUGGAUGAGCACGGACGGAGCUGCAGGCACCUCAACCUGCAUGCCCGCGCUAUCAUGGCCCGCGAUCCCAGCGCUGCCGUUGACGAUCUGCUUGCUGCCUUGCAGCUAAAACCUGGCUGCGCCACCACGGAGCGGCUGUUGAAAAGGGCCGAGCGGCUUUUGGAACGCGCACAGAGAGCUCAGCGCUGGUUCGACGGCCGCGGCGCCGAGAAGCGGACGGCCGAGGCUCGCAGCGCUUUGCUUUGCUUCCAAUGUGGGCGACUGCGCUCUGAUGGCCAUGUUGGCGAGGCUGGCUCGAAGAUGGCUGACCGGUAUCUCUGCGAGGAGUGCUGGAGCUGCUUUCGAAAGAUCCGUCGCUGUCAGCAGCUUGAACUUGAUCGACGUGUGGAGAAGGCUACUUACUCCGACUACAGCACAGCCACCGAUGAGCUGCCCUCCCUGGAGGAUGUGCCCCAGGACUGGGACCGUCGGCAUCCUAUGUGGCAGCGCUCGAACGAGACGAAUCCGGAUUGGCAGCUUCUGCGCCCCAAGAAUGCCGUCACGAAGCCAGAAAGCUUUGCACUUGUUGAUUGA